AUGGACGUCUUCAACCUACAAAUUCUCGACGCGAGUAUCAUGCAAGUCGCGUCCCAUCUCACGCCUAACCAGAAGGCCGACCUUCUGCUAUACGCCCUGCGCGGUCUGCCACCCGGAGGCCGCCCAAAGACGGUCGUCGAGAAUGCCAUACAGGCUUGUCUGCAGAUCCCCUCCCUCUCUCCCGAGAACAUUGCCAAGGCGCGGAUCUUGCGCGCGCGGUCAAGGCUCGCUGCCGGCGGACAUAUCAGCGCGCAGGAAGACCUGCAGGCAGCUCUUGAGGCUGACCCCGACAACCCGGAGGCAAAGGCCUUGCUAUACCAGCGCUCCGUCGCCGUCGAGAAGCUGCUCUCUCCAGCGACGAGCCACUCGGAGCGAAGGACUCAGUUCUCGACUGAGAUAUGGAGGGAGAUUGCUCUCUUUCUACCUCGCCAUGAGCUGAGGAAUCUGCUUUUCGUCCCAAACGUCCUCUCGCGUGUCGCCAGCCAGCUGCUGUUCCGAGACGUCGACAUCCACCUUUCUAGCCAGGACGACCCGCGGGAAGACUUGGUUCCCAGCCAAGGAUAUCCUCCGUUUAGGAAGAGCGACGCCGAGAGGAGCGCCGAUAUUCUCACCAGAAUAAUCACGGACCCCGCCUUCGCGAUUGUCGUGAAGAAGCUGAGGAUAUUCGCGGCGCGGGAUCUGCGGAGCGGCCCGCUCGACUUCGCGAUAGGAAUGCUAACCAAUGCACUCUCCCAUCUCCAGAAUUUGCAAGAGAUAGAGGUAACUGCGGGUUAUGACAACCUGACCACGCUGCUGCGUCUCGUCCAAUCAGCGGCGGCUCGUGUUCACUGUCUGGCAAUUGACUCGUACGAUGGCCCGCUUGAUUUGUCCUUCCUCAAGCUUGGCCACCUAUCGUCCUUCUCUUAUUCGUGCCGGCACCCCAUCUUGGCCUCGACGGACACCCCAAACCCCGCCUUCUCGUCCGCAUCCACUAUCUGCCGUUCUACCUCCGAUUUCCUGUUCAGAAAUCGCCAUAGCCUACGCAAGGUCGCCCUUGAAACGUCCCUCUGGCCCUUCCCCUCCGAAGCGCUCGCCAUCCGUAAUCUCACCCACCUCUCCUUCUCGGGCCUUUUCGCGCAAGAUACAUCCGCCUUUGACGAUAUCCUCACCCACGGCCGGCAGCUCGAGUCCCUCGCCCUCCGCUGUCUCCUCGACGCGUGCAGGCCCUCGCACGCCUUCCGCGCCCAUGCAGACGCCCUGCCCUUCCUCCGCCACUUCGCCUUCUCGGUCCGGGCCGCCGUGCACGGCAACCGCGCGUCCGACCCAGACCUCUUCCCCGCCAUCGCCGACUUCCUGCGCGACCGCAAGGACAUGCGCGCGGUCGAGCUGCUCGUGCCUGAGGACCCCGUCGUGCAGCGCGAGGUAGGCUUUGGCGCCGCAGUGUGGGGCAUGCUCCCCACGCUCGUCGCGCUCAAGAGCCUCUCCAUCACGUACCCGGCGGACCUCGCAUCCGGUCUGGCCCCGUGGCUGGUCCCCAGAUCGGUCGAAGCGCUCGAGCUGGAAGGCGUGGCGUGGACGAUGCCUGAUCCUGGGCCUUUCCUGACUCAAUUGGGAAGUGGCAUGCCCUCAGGGCUACGCUACAUCGCAUUUUCCGACUUUCCCUUCCGUGCGGGACCGGGGCUGAUCGUGUCGCGCGGGUUCCAAGCGGUCAGGGUUAUUCGCAUCGGCGGAAAUUACUACACAGUGAGGGAGGUGAUGGACAAUAGCGGUAAUCCUACGCGUGAAGUGGAGCUGUGGCCAAGAAGACGUGCACUUUAUUACGCCGCGGACUGGCUAGAGUGGCACGGAUGUUUGGCCGCCAUGGAAUAUUGCGCCCGGACGCUGGGCUUUUGA